GUGAGGAGAGCAAUUGGAGGAGAAGAGGUCGAGAUCAAAGUAGAGGUCGAGAUCAGAGUCGGGAUAAUGUUGAUAUUGGAAAUAAUGCAAGAAGAGGAAUACUCAAAAGAACGAAUGGUCGUUUAGAACAAGAAGGAAAUUCUGUCAACUCCGGUGGAGAAGGCAACUGGUGGAGAAAAGGUCGAAGUCAUAGUCGAGGUAGGAGUAGAGAUCGACAUCAGAGUAGAGGUCGAUAUCACAGUCGGGAUAAUGUUGAUAUUCUGAAUAAUGCAAGAAGAGGAGAUACACAUAGAAGAACUGAUGAUCGUUCAGAACGAGGAGGACAUUCUGGCAACUCUGCUGGGGAAGGCAACUGGUGGAGAAGAGGUCGAAGUCAAAGUAGAGGUCGAAGUCAAAGUAGAGGUCGAAGUCAGAGUAGAGGUCGAAGUCAGAGUAGAGGUCGAGGUCAGAGUAGAGGUCGAGAUCAGAGUCGGGAUAAUGUUAAUAUUGGAAAUGAUGCAGGAAGAGGAGAUAGACAUAGAAGAACUGAUGGUCGUUCAGAACGAGGAGUAAAUUAUGACAACUCUAGUGGAAAAGGCAACUGGUGGAGAAGAGGUCGAAGUCAAAGUAGAGGUAGAGGUCAGAGUAGAGGUCGAGAUCAGAGCAGAGGUCGAGAUCAGAGCCGGGAUAAUGUUGAUAUUGGAAAUAAUACAAGAAGAGGAGAUAGACAUAGACGAACUGAAGGUCGUUCAGAACUAGGAGAAAAUUCUGACAGCGCUAGGAGAAUGGGAUUUAAACUUGCCGAAAAGUUAGGUGAUAAUGAAGAUAUUGAAGAACUGAUACAAAAUCUUUUCAAUGAUAAAGCUGGCUUCAAAAAUCUCGUACAAAGUAACGACCUUUCUGGAGAUUUUUUGGUUUUGAUAGUUAACAUACUAAGUAAGGUUUCUAAAAGCAGUUUCGAUAAUUCGAAGAUACACAUAUAUAAAACUGUUUUUACAAAUGGAUCUUACACCAAGCAAUUAAAAUCCUUCAUUACAAGUUUGCCAUACCACGACCAACGCGAAAUGAAAAAUACCAAGUAUUUCUGGAAUGAUUCCGACCGAUUCUGGUACAAUCUCAUAGACAUUUUUAGAGAUAUGACAAGUACACCAACUUUAGCUUCUGAAAUUCUUCCAAAUAUCUUGAAAUCAUUAGUUAGAACUCUACCCAUUUUGGAAACAGAACAAAGUAUUCAUAUUUCUGAAGAAAUAAAGAACGGAUUCGAAGUGUUGUUUCAGAAAGUAGAGAAUAUGAAAUCACAAAUGGAACAAAAGUUUCAUCUGGAAGCUACUCAACAUUAUCAUAAUAACAAUGAAGAUGAUUGGAUUCCUCCUAACGAUUUCAGAACGGUCAGUGUUAUUCCAGAUAUUCUUGAGGUUAUUGUCAAACAAGAACCAUUUCUCAGAAGAAACAAAAUCAAGGGCCCUUAUAGAAAUGUUGAACACUAUUUAGACGUACAAUUUCGAUUACUAAGGGAAGAUUUCAUAGCACCUCUAAGAAGGGGAAUUUGUCAGUACUUGGAAAAAUCCGAUUUGAAACGUUAUGAUGAUAUAAAAAUUCAUCAGAAGAUCCAUUUUUUAUGUGAAGAGAAUAUCAAUGAGUUGAAAUGUUUCAGAAUGAAAUUUGAUUUCAGUAAUGAGAAGAAGACUCUGAAAUAUGAAAAUUCUAAACAGUUUAUGUUCGGAUCACUUGUUUGCUUCAGUAACGAUCAAUUUGUUAGCAUCAUUUUUGCAAAAAUUGUCAAAAGAGAUCCUGAAAUGAUAAAAAAAGGUGAACUAGUAGUGGGAUUUGAUGGACAUCAAAAUCUGGCUGUAAAAUAUAAUGUUGAUUAUAUAAUGGUUGAAAGUAAAGUAUACUUCGAACCGUACUAUCAUGUUUUAACAGCUCUGCAAAGACUCACAGAGGACAAUUUUCCAAUGGAAAGUUACAUUAUAGACGUCAGUUCAGAAGUACAUUUGCCAAAAUAUAUGGAUUUACAUACAAUGUUAACUAUAGAUGGAAAGAGCAUGCCCACUGUGUACUUGAAACAUCACCAAAAUUUUUAUGGUCUCAACGAUUCACAAAAUAUUGCUUUGAAAGCUGCUUUGACAAGCGAAAUAUCGGUUAUACAAGGGCCGCCAGGAACUGGAAAAACAUUUUUAGGUCUCAAAAUUGCGCAUACUCUGUUGAAAAAUCAUAGUAUUUGGUAUAAUAAUACGCCCUUGUUGGUUAUAUGUUUCACUAAUCAUGCAUUGGAUCAAUUCCUGGAAGGAAUUCUGAAAAGUACUAAAAAACUUUUACGUAUCGGAGGACAAUCAAAAAACACAACACUUGAAAAGUUCAAUCUCAAAAGCAAAAACAGGACGAAAAGCCCUGCGUUUUAUCAAACACAAAGAGAAGUAACUAUUUGUUUGAAUGAACUGAAGAAAUUCGAUAUGACAAUAGAUGAAAUAAGAAAAUAUAAUAGUAUUUUAGAUUUUUCUUUAUUUAACGGAAUCGUGAAAGAUAUUGAAGGAACUUGGUUUGAAAAUGCUGAGAGAGACGACAUAAAAAAUUGGCUCAUUCCUAAUUUGGCAUAUUCGGCUGUAUCACCAUUCAGCAAUUGGUUCAAUACAUCCAAAAAGGUAUCAAAAUACAUAGAUUCUGUUUCCGAUGAUGAAUUGAGUAACUACAGCGAUACAGAACUAGAACAUGACGAUGUCGAUGAGAUCUUUACCAACAAAAUGAAGGCUCAAAGUGCGUCGAAGGAUGACACCAAUCAAACUGGCGCUGUUAAGACUUUGAUAAGUUUACAGUCACUGGCGAAUGCUAUUGAAACAAUGGAAGAAUAUUUGAACAAUCCUGUGAGAAUCAAGUUGAAUGAUACGAGAAUGGAAGAAGAAAUGAGGAUGUUAAAAAAUACAUAUACAUAUGUGAAGGAACACUUGGAUCAGUUGCGAAAUGGAAUAAAUUUCAAUAAUUACAUUUUGAAAAAAUCACCAACUAAAAUGACUUCCAAUGAGCGUUGGGCUCUAUAUUCACAUUUUCUCAUACAAUAUCUGAACCAUUUGAUGGAAGAACAGAAAAAAGUGUACCAACUAUACCAAGAAAAAUACAAAAUAUAUGCUGAACAGAGAGAUAUGGAAGAUCUGAAGAUAAUGAAGGAAAGUUUGGUGAUAGGUUUGACAACGACAAGCGCAGCUAGGUUGCGACCUGUGUUGGAAGCAUUGAAAAGUCCCAUCGUUAUCGUGGAAGAGGCUGCAGAAGUUUUAGAAGCCCAUAUUAUGAGUGCUCUCACGAAACAUUGUACACAAUUGAUUUUGAUUGGCGAUCAUCAACAACUGAGACCAACGACAGCUGAUUAUACUAUAGAAACCCAGUAUCAAAUGGGAGUAAGCCUCUUUGAGCGUAUGAUUCACAAUAAUAUAGAAUGCCAUACACUGAAUAUUCAACAUAGAAUGAGGCCUGAAAUCUGUAAUCUGAUAAGACCCUCUAUAUAUUCUGAAUUAGAAGACCACUCGUCUGUACUAGGAAGACCAAAAAUAUUAGGAGUUGAUAAAGUUCUCUACUUCAUAAACCAUACAAAGGAGGAGCAAUCGUGUGGAGAUACUACCAAAAAAAAUUUACACGAGGUUACAUUUUUGAUAAAUCUAGCUAGAUAUCUCAUUCUCAAUGGGUACAGCCCUCAAAAUAUCACAAUUUUAGCAACCUAUCUGGGCCAAAUGUUUGAGAUGCAAAGAGAAAGGAAAAAACAUAGUCUCAUACUCAGAGAUGUGAGGAUAUCUGUUUUGGAUAACUAUCAGGGAGAAGAAUCUGACAUAAUUUUGCUUUCUUUAGUUCGAAAUAAUGAAGAAAAUAUAAAUGGAUUUUUAAAAAUCACCAACAGAGUGUGUGUUGCUCUUUCGAGAGCAAGAAAUGGUCUAUAUAUCAUGGGUAACAUAGAUCAACUUUGUAAUGAUAAAUAUUCUAUAUGGCCUGAAAUUAGAGAAAGCCUGGAGAAGCAGAAUGCAAUUGGUUCUUCAUUAGAAUUGAGAUGUCAAAUACAUGACGUGAUCACAAAAGUGAAAGAUGAGAAGGAUUUCAGUAAGAUUCCGGAAGGAGGCUGCACCAGACGUUGUGGAUCUGAUUUGUCUUGUGGACAUAUUUGCAAAAAUAUAUGUCAUUUGACUGAUAGACAUCACGAGCAAUAUACUUGCAUAGAAAAAUGCGGAAAGCGACUUUGCCAAAGGUCAGAAAAACAUUUAUGUGUAAAACCGUGUUAUCAAAAGUGUGAUCCUUGUCAUUAUCCAGUUGAAUGGAUUCUACCUUGCGGUCAUGAAGUUACUUUGAAAUGUCACAUGGACCCAAAUAAACAUGACUGUAAUGAAUUGGUUCUCACAUUACUUUUUUGUGGACAUAAUGAGAAUAAACCGUGUCACAUCAAACCAGAAGACUUUAUGUGUCCACAACCAUGUGACGCUUUACUUGAUUGUGGACAUGCUUGUACUCUUAAAUGCCAUGUCAGAAAAGAUCCAGAUCACUUGAACUAUGAAUGCCCAAAGCCAUGCCAAAAGUUACCUGUCGGAUGCAGUACAAAAAAUCACAAAUGUAGAAAAUUGUGUCAUGAAAAAUGUGAACCGUGCUUGGUUAAAGUGAAAAAAGGUCGAUCAGUAUGCAGUCACUUUUAUGAUGUUGCAUGUAAUGCUGAUGUUGAUGCUCUACAGUGCAGUAAGCCAUGUCGAAGAACGUUGCCAUGUGGCCACAAAUGUGGAAACAAAUGCUUCGAAACAUGCGGUCCCUGUAUGGUCACCGUUGAAAAAAUCAUACAGGAGUGCGGACACAAGAUAAAAACCAAAUGUUGUGAAAAACCCAAUCGUCAACACUGCAUAGAAAAAUGCUCUCGUAAAUUGGUAUGUGGUCAUGACUGUCAGAAUAAAUGUAGAGAUCCUUGUACUACUAGAUGUGAAAAAAUGAAAAACUGUAACCUGCCGUCUCCUUGUGGACACAUUGUGAAACAAAUACAAUGCUUUCAAAUUAAUGCCAAGGAUGAAAUUUUGAUGAAAUUUUGUACAGAACCAUGUCAACAAAUUCUCCAAUGUCAACAUAUAUGCACUGGAAAAUGCGGAGAAUGUUUUCAAGGGCGUUUACAUAAGAGAUGUGCGGACAAAUGUGGUGUGCCUCUUGUUUGUAAUCAUGAAUGUCCCAUCCCAUGUAGAGAGGCUUGCAAACCAUGCGAAAGGAAGUGCAACUAUAGAUGCUCUCACGGAAGAUGCACUAAGAAAUGUGGAGAGAUUUGUGUAAAAUGCUUGCAUGAUUGUAUUCGGAGAUGUCCUCACAAACAAUGUACAUUGAACUGCGGAGACAUAUGUGAUGUUGAACCUUGCGAAGAACCUUGUCCAAAAUUUCUUGAAUGUGGACAUAACUGUGUUGGUUUUUGUAAUGAUCCAUGUCCAAAGCUAUGCAAAAUUUGCAACAAGAAUGAACUAUUAGAAAUUUUCUUUGGUACAGAAGAAGAUGAUGAUGCGAGAUUUGUUGAACUCCAAGACUGUGGCCACGUUAUGGAGAGCGAUGGAAUGAAGUGUUGGUUGAAGAAUAACGAUGGCGAAAUUCAAGUUAAAGUUUGCCCCAAGUGCAAGACUCCGAUCAUUAAUACCCAGAGGUUCAGUGAAUAUGUGAAGAGGGCUCUUCUUGAUAUAAACAGUGUCAAACUCAAACUCAAUGGAAGCUUUCCGGAAAACAUGCAAUUGAGAGAUGAACUAUUGGAAACGAUAAUCAAUAUGAAAUUGACUACAUCGAAACUAUCCAAUGUCACAAAACUACCAUCAGUAAUUCAAGAAUUUCAAGAUCGUCUUCAAGACACCAGAGUGGAUGAAAGAAACAUACGUCGGAGACAAACUUUCAGUGCUAUAACGUUGAAAUCGAUUACCUCAAAAGUUCAAAUUGUAGCACAUAUUAUAGAUAUAUGUUCUCGUUAUCAAUCUCACGAGUCGAAAUCAAUUGAUACUCAGAUAGAUUUUAUACUGAAUCCUCUUGUAAGAGACGAAGACCAAAUCACUCUUCAAGAAAUAGAGGAUGUCCAACUUGAAAUCAGUAGAUUGAAACGCAUGGUUGAAAUUUCAGAAAUAAGAGAAAAGAAUCAAGGGAAAAAAUCUUCACUAGGUUAUUUCCGGUCACCUAACACAAAAGUUCUUGAAGAUCUUGAGGAAAUAGAAAAAUUGGUAAUAUCUCAUUCGAGAUACACUGACAAAACUGACCGGAUAGUUGAGAAAAGAUUGAAAACACUUGGUUGCGGAAUCCAAAUAAGUGACUCUGAACGAAUUGAGAUUGUAAAGGCAUUGGGCCUGUCUAAGGGUCACUGGUUCAAAUGUCCCAAUGGACACCCUUAUGUAAUUACUGAAUGUGGAGGUGCCAUGCAAGAAUUCGAGUGUCCUGAUUGUGGAGAAAAAAUUGGAGGUACUCGACACACACUUACAGGUUCCAAUCAGCUGGCUUCUGAAAUGGAUGGGGCUCAGUUUCCAGCAUGGUCUGAUGUUGCAAAUAAUAUGGAAAAUUAUGACCUAAGGCAGUUUCAAUUCAACUGAAAUAUUUGACAUUUAAUAAUUUGUAAACUGUUGUUACGUAUUUAAAAUAAAAGCUUUAGGAAUUUGUAUCGACCAAACAAAAGAUAA